CUCUUCAGGUUGCGCGAGAGGAUAUCACGAAGAGGAGUUCAUUUGGCCUUAGCCUACCUAAUCCAAGUGAUUUUAACCAUGUCCCAAAAUAGCAAAGGUAAAAAGAUGUCAGGUCAGGCUUCAUCUGCAUUAAGUGACACGGAUGAAGAAGAAUACAUUGUCGAGAAAAUUCUUGACCGGAGGGAGAAGAAUGGUGAAGUUGAGUAUUUGCUGAAAUGGAUUGGCUUUUCAGACGAUGACAAUACUUGGGAACCCAAGAAAAACCUUGGUUGCUAUGAUUUGAUUACAGCAUUUGAAAGCAAAAGAAAUGAGGAGGAAAAGAUGAAAAAGAAAAAUAGUAACAAAAAAGAAAAAGAAAAAUGUCUACCGUUAAAUGAGAAUCAUGAAAAUAAACAAAACAAGCUAAGCCAAGAAAAAAAAGCUGUGAAGAAAAAAACUAAAGUGCAGAUACCCAGUCUUUCAACAGGAUUUGAUCGAAAUAUGGAGGCUGAAACAAUUAUAGGAGCGACCGACGACAGUCCUAAUGGUGAACUUCACUUCCUCAUAAAGUGGAAGUCAUGUGAUGACUGUGAUCUAGUUCCAUCAAGCCUAGCUAACAAACUUUGCCCGCAAGUCGUGAUCCAGUUCUAUGAGAAGAACUUGUAUUGGCCAAACUUAAAGGGCAAAACUUCCGGGAAAAAUUGAGAAGACAGCAUAUACUUAAGUAUCAUUUUUAUCAUUGUAGUGAAACACCUUUAUUAAGCGUUGAAGUGUGGCAAGGUUUUUCACGUUUGUCUUAUACGUUCGUCUUUAUCUGUCGAUUUCUCAUGUGGACCUCGAAUUCCCAAGUUCUUCAUACACGGUUUUUAUACGAGAAUGAAGAAA